AUGCAGCAUGGUCUUCCAAUGAAAGUUCUUGACAAAGCCUUCACAGUUUCUAACAAACCUGUAGAUGAUCAUGAAGAGAAAUGGAAGAAGAGGGAAAAUUCUGCUGGUCAAUCUAAGUCCAAGUCCAAGUACUUCAAUCCCCCGAAGAGAAUACAAAAUCCUAAACCUUCACAACACACUAAAACAAAGAUCAAAGGAGCAGAUGCCGAUCAGCAUAAUAAAGAAUCACAGUUAACUCAGCUUUGGAAAAAGAGUGAUACAGAAGUUGUUGUUGCAGUUGUCCCUUCACAAAUUAAGGGUCGGAGCUUUGUCAUCCACCAUUCAGAGCUGUGCUCUCUUCGUCCACAUCAGUGGUUGAAUGGGGAGAUCAUUGAAAGCCUGUUUCAUGUGGCUGCCCAUGCAUCGGGAGUGGUGGACACCAUUUACAUCCUCAAUCACUACACAGCUGGUGUGAUUUUGUUUGGGGACAGAACAGAGCUUCCUCGCCAAAGUUUACCUAGGGUGAACUUUGACAACUAUGAAGCAGUUCUAUCUUUUGUGCUGGUGAACAACAACCACUGGAAGUUGCUGUACAUCAAUACAAAUGCCAGCACAGUAUUCCUAAUGGAUCCUGCACAACUGUCAUCAGAGCUCGAGGACUCCAAAAAUGCAGCUAAAAGAAUACAGGAAUACUUCAAGAUGAGAAGGACAUGCCAUGGGAAAACAGAUUGGGUUGGGAUCCGAUGGAAAGGGGGGGCUAUGAGACACCCCAUUCAACAAGAUGGAAGCAGCUGCGGAGUCAUUGUAGUGAAAGUACAUUGA